CGGGAAAGAAAGCCGUGUCUCAUGGGAGAUAACCCUCCCCAGCAGCACUGGCGAGGGGUGGCAGCGGGCAAGGGCACAAGAGCCCAGACGUGGCUGGGCCCAGAGGCAGGUGUGAAGACAAGUGCACCAGGAGCCCCCUGCCCUGGCAGCUUCUCUGUCAGGUUGGCAGGACUCCCUCCCCUGCAGCCACCGGGACCAACUUCCCCCGCUCUUCUGCACGGACCGUCGGCCACGGCAGAGCUGCUCCGAAGGGCCCCACCGGGGCGGGCAGGGGGGAGAGGGGUGCCAGGCACCCAUCGACAUCACCCUCUGCGUCCCUGCAGCUUGGAGGCGUGUGAGCAGACCGCCGACUGGCUCCUGUCCCGCGCCCGGCAGCGGCCCCGCAUCGCUGUCAUCUGCGGCUCAGGGCUGGGCCUGCUGGCCAACAGCCUGCAAAGUCCGGAGGCUUUCAGCUACUCGGAGAUCCCCAACUUCCCCAGCAGCACAGUGGCAGGCCACGCCGGGCAGCUGGUCUUCGGGGAGCUGCAGGGAAAGCCAUGCGUCUGCAUGAAGGGGCGUUUCCACAUGUACGAGGGGCACCUGCUCUGGAAGGUUACCUUCCCCAUCCGAGUCUUCAAGCUGCUGGGCGUGGAGAUCCUGCUGGUCACCAACGCUGCGGGGGGCCUGGCGGAGAACUACAGCCCCGGGGACAUCAUGGUCAUCCGGGACCACGUCAACCUGCCAGGCCUGGCCGGACUGAACCCACUGCUGGGGCCCAACGAGGAGCAGUUUGGGCCCCGCUUCCCCGCCCUCUCCGAUGCCUAUGACAAGGAGCUGCGGGCACGGGCACUGGAGAUCUCCGAGCAUCUCGGCUACUCGGCCUUCGUCAGGGAGGGCGUGUACUGCAUGGUGGGGGGCCCCAACUUCGAGUCCGUGGCUGAGGCUAGGAUGCUGCGGGCCCUGGGGGUCGAUGCUGUCGGCAUGAGCACGGCCCCUGAGGUGGUCGUGGCCAAGCACUGCGGGCUGCGCGUCUUCGGCCUCUCACUGAUCACCAACACAGUGGUGCGGGACUACGACAGCGAGGACAGUGCCAGCCACGAGGCCGUGCUGGAGGCCAGCCAGGCGCGGGCUGCUGCCCUGCAGACACUCGUCACAGAGCUGGUGGGCAGCAUCGAGCCCUGAGGCAGCCACCGACACAGACCAGCCCUGACCCCCGGUCUGACCCCUGGUCUGACCCGUCCUGCCCUCUCUGCCUUUCUCCUGCUCCUUGGCACAGCAGAUGGGGAGAGUCCGGGUGAGCUGGGAUCAGCGGAGGGGACAGAGCGAGGAGCCGGGGCCUAGUUCCAGCUGUGCCACAGACUCCCUGUUUGGCCUUGACCAAGUCCCUUUGCUUCUCUGUGGCUGUCUUGGCAAUACGGAAUAGCAAGCAACACUUAGCCCCAGACGUCGCAGCACUGAGCUAAUGUCUGGGCUCACUGGGGGCUGUGGGAGAUUACUACUGAUGCCUACACAGGGCAGUAGAGGAGCAGGAGUUGGGGCAUGAAGUCAGACCGCUGUCGUUCUCCCGGGAAGAGGUCCGGGGUGGAGAUUUAUUUCUGAAUCCAAGGGUCCUGAGCUAGUUGCAGUGAUUUGCUGCAGGGGGAGAUGGACUGAAGCCUGGCACGUGCUAGUGGAUAGCAGCGCAGCUGGCUCUGGUAACAGGCCUUGCACUUGAACCAGCCUGUGCCGAAGGGAGCUGGACCCCAGGACCAGGCUGCUCUGGUAUAAAUGCAUCCAGACAGACACCGCUUCGCUAGCCUGGAGCAGGUGGUGACUGUAUCGGCAGAAGACUCUGGCCUGGCUCGCGGCGGGGUCUGGGGAGGUGACCAAGGCCUUCCUGUGCGCAGUGAGGGGGUCUGGGGAGCAGAAUGAGGCUGAGUCACGAACCGCCCCGUCCAUCCGGGGCCGCGGGACUGCUCCUCUCGGUAAUGCGACGGCAUCUGCACCCUCCAAUAAACAGAACA